CCGCCAAAAGGAAUGAAAGGAAAUCGAAAACAAAAUAUGAGAAUGAGUGGAGAGCCUGAUGAUAAUCGAUCACCUCACUAUAAGCCUACUCUAGGUCACAGCACUCAGACUUUUGAUCACUUGACUGCUCAAAAUCCUCUGGAGGAAGAAUUCUGUGAAGAAAUUGUUCUUGAUAAAGAAACUGAGCGAGAAGUGAUUGAAACUCUUCACCUCCAAAACCAGAAAAUAGAGGAAUACGAGGAGACCAUCACUGACCUUCGUUUAAAGGUAUCCCAGCUAGAUGUGUACAAACAACAAGUAUCCAACCUCCAAAGCCAGAUUAAGGUCUUGGAUGAGAAAUUUAAACUGACCUCAUUCGAUACUGAAAACGCCAAGAUCCACCAACUCCAGUCCUGCAUCGAGCACCUGACCCAGAAAGAGCAAGCCAUGAGUAACGAAGCUGAGUCCAAAACCCAGGAGAUAAAGUACCUGACAGAAAGAGUUGAGGAGAAGAACGGACAGAUCAGAGAUCUUAGGAGACAACUUGAGCGUAAGGAAGAAAUCUGUGGAGAAAUGAACCUUGAUGUAUCAGCAAUUCAGACCCAAAUGCAAUCGAAAGAGCAAGACUGGAAAUAUAAGGUAGAGGAUCUACAAAAGAGGAAUGAGCACUUGUUGACGCAGAAUAAGACUCUAGAGGAGAACAUCCAAGAACUGAACAAUUAUAUUGAAGAAAAUCAAAGGGAGAUCCAAGAGUUUUCUAUGUCAGUCAGCACUAAAGAAUCUGCCCUAUCGAAACUUAGAAAGGAGGUAGAAAAAUACAAAAGAGAACGAGAUGAGGCAAAUAAAAGAGCAAAGAGUCUUAUAAAGGACUCUCAACAAGCAUCCUUCUUAGAGUCCCAGAUUAAGGAGUUCUCCAAAACUAUUGAUAAGUUAUCCAAAGACACUGACUAUGAAAAGAAGAAAAACUCUAAAAUAGUAAAAGAAAAUGCAAGUCUCAGAAAGGAACUUGAGAGAAUUCAGAAGAAAAUAUCUGGCUCAAAUGAUCCCUCUUCACUAAAAUCAAGACUUGGAGAGUCUCAGAACAAACUUUCAGUAGCGAGCACUACCUUAACACAGAAGGAAAAGGAAUGAAAGGAUCUUGAGAUGUCAUUGAACGAGAAGAAGUCCGAGGUCAAGGAAAUCCUUGCUUAUACAUGUAGCUAUAUCACAAGUAUUAUGACCUGGAUUGACAAUUCUUUUCUGACCAUCCUUCAAGGAUACUCUGAGGAUUUAGAAAGAGAUUAUGAAGAGAAGCCGGAUAUACUCAGAAUUUAUGACUCAGUUCCAGAACAAUUGAGUUUGAGGAAAGGCUCUAAGAGUAAACAUAACCUCCUUGGCCAUCUUGAGUCAUUAAAGUCAAUGCUGACAGACACAAAGGUAGAGGUAGUCAAAAAAUUUAAAAAGGAGAGGAAAAAGUACUCUUCCCUCAAAGCCCAAAUGCAAGAAACUUCCUCCUUUAAGGAUGAUAUCAUAACAGAUUUCGAGAAUCUCAAGGAAGAAAUGCUUAAAGUUGAAAAAGACUUAAACCUCAAAAAGUCUGAAGUAGAGACCCAUAAAUCUAAUGUGAUUGAUCUGAAGGAUCAACUGAAGAGAAAAGAAGACUUCAUUCAAGAUUUUCAACAAGAUAAUACAAGAUUCAUAUGGGGAGCUGUUUACUCUCUCUUCUCAAUAAAACAGAAAUUUGAUGGAAGUCAGCUCAUUAAAGACAGUGUUGAUAAGCUUCAGAAAAACAUACCUCUGAUGGAUACCCUCUCAAAGGAAAUUAAUGAUCCAGAGAGGUAUAAGGGGCUAACAUUAGAGGAAAAGAAGGAAGCUAUCAUGCACUUAAUCAGUAUUAUCAACGACAUCACUACAACUUUGCACACUGAAACCCAAAGGUUAUCUGAGAAUAAGAAGCAGGUCAAGGAUCUUAAGCACAAACUUGAACAAAAGAAGCUAGAAUUUGAUCUGAAAAGAGACGAAAUUCUUAACCAAAAAGAGGCUGAAAUCUCCACUCUCCGUGCUGAAUUUGAGGAAAAGUACGAUAAAUUUAUAGAAACCAAUAAGCAAGAGGUCUCUGCUGAGAAGGAAGAAGUCCAAAAGGAACUAGACUCCUUACUGGCAGCUAAAAAUGAGGUUGAGCAACAAGCUGAAUGUCUAAAAACAGAAGUUGAGGAUCUCAGAAAAGAGUUGAAAUUUACCUCAAAAUCCAAUGGAUAUAUGAAAAACAUCCUGUGUUCUUUACUAUACAGAGCAGAAGAGCUAGUCUUUCAGAAGAAUUUACUUAAAAAGGAAUAUUCUUUCCUUAGCAACCAACUGGGCUUCUGUAAUGAGGAGGUAGAGAAGCUCAAAGAGAUCAUUGAAAAUCUUAAUGAGAGGAUAGCACUUAAGUCUAUGAAGGAGUCAAUGCUCGACCAUAUUAGAAAUCAGAAGGAUAUGUCAAUGAGCAUCAGCGAUUUAGAACAUAUCAAUCUCAAUGAGACAAGGAGCAUUAACAAGUAUACCAAGAUUAUGAAGUUCAGGAAGUCUGUGAUAGUAGUCAUGGCGAUAAACAGAAUGAAACUUUACUCCCAAGGAUACUAUGGCAAGAGUCUGACUACUCUUAAAAGUUUCAAGGAUAUUAAUUUUUCAAGCGACUCUCAUUAUAAUGAGAUUUCUAAGAAAAUCAGGAUGUUAAGUAUUCCAGAAAGAAACCUAAACAAUGAUCUCUCUAUAUUGGCUGACUGUAGGGAAGAGUCAGGCAGUCUUUCUCCUCGAAAUGAUAAUCAGAAGUAUCCCAAAUUUGAGACAGUUAGCAACAUGGAGCUUACCCUCAACAAUGAAUACGGAUCAGUUACAAAGAAGUUGUACACUGAGCCAGAAUAUGAUCCUCUUAAAUCUAUUUCAGAGAGUAAAAAUAAUUCUGUUGAAUCAGAUGAAGACGUGGAGAAGUAUCUUGUUCCUAUCGUGGAUCAUAUAAUAGAAUGGCAAAAUAAUAUAAACAAGACUAGAUUCCAAGUGACUCAGAGGAAACGAAACAGAAGACAUAAUAAUGAUUAUCAUUCAACCUUAGGAAUUAUACAGAAUUACAACAUCUGAGAUCUUUAUGAGACUCUUCCUCAACUACUUGUAACUGGGUUAAGGCCAAUCAGGCACUUUAUGAAGAGUCUAACAGAGAAGCAAAUACUAAAGAAUUAUCUUGAAUCUUGUACUAAUUACUCAGAUCCCUUGCCAUACGAUACCCAAUAUUUGCUAUUUGUUUUCUUACCAGCUCAAUACAUGGCGAAGGGAUGUUAUAGUCUCGAUUCAGGAAUACUGACUACUAAAAAGAAGAUCUCAACUCUUGAGCAUCGCCUUACAUCCUCAGAAGAAGACUUGCAGAGAACUCAGGAUACCCUUGAGUCUAUAGAAAGAGAAGCUAUCGACUUCUCCAAGAAAAAUGAGCAGUAUGAAUCCCUUAUCCGUAAAUUAAAUCAGGAAAAAGAGGAUAUGGUUGACAAAGGCGAGUAUGAGAACCUCCUUGCGGAGCGUCAUCAGAUCUAUCUAGAAUUAAAUAGUAUUAAACACACCAAAGAUGACAUCACCCAGCAGCUAAAGCUUGUCACAGAGGCGGAGAAAGGGAAUGAAUCGAAGGUCAACGAAAUCAGUAUCAAAUUAACAGAGACUCUUCAUAAACUUGAAACUGUGGUUAAGGAGAAGGAUCUUGCAAAUCUUGAGAUAAAGUCACUUAACAAUAUACUUGCCCAAAAAGAUUCUUUAAUCAAAGAGAAAGAGAUUGAAAAAUCCUCCUCUGUGUCAUCAGCUAAAGAUCUCGAAAACGCUAUUAAAAAGUUACGCUUAGACAGAGAAAACCUUAUACAUGACAACACUGAUCUUCUUAAAGAAAACAAGAAGUUACACUCAAAUAUAAUAGAGCUAAAUGAUCUAAUAGCACUUGAAAAGCAGAAAUACUUAGAGAGGGAAGACCCACAUCCGAAAGUACCUUAUUUCUCCUCUGGUAGUAAAGACUUUCAUAAUACCGGCCACAAGACUGCCGAGUUCCAGUACAGUGAAGAGAAAGAAAACUCAUCUAUAAACUCUAUCCGGAACAUAAGAUCUCAAGAGCCAUCGACAGUACCUUUAUAUGGCAUGAUUGAGAAGAAUAGAAGCUUGUCAAAGAAUAGAUAAUUGUAUAUAACCUCUCUACUGC